GUGUAAAUGAAAACAAAAUUGAGAGUUUAUUUUCUUCAUCUUAGGCAAGGACACGCAGGCAACUGCUGGCUUUGUUGACAUUUACCUGCGAGGAUACGAAGGAAACAAGACCACACGUGUGCAACCGUCCUCAUUCAAUUCAAUUCAUCAUCACUCACUCGCUUCUUAAACCCUCUUGUUAAACUGAAGCAGCAAUAAUGAAGUGUUUAUCCAUCAUUUCUCUCUGCAUUCUCCUCUGUCUCUUCUAUUUUCAAGGUGUGUCAUCUAAAAAUGUAUCUGAGAGUGUUCUACAGCUAGCUAGUGUUCCACCAAGAGGUUGGAAUUCCUAUGAUUCUUUUUGCUGGACAAUUUCUGAACAAGAAUUCUUACAAAGUGCUGAAAUAGUUUCUCAGCGUCUCCAUGAUCAUGGAUACGAGUAUGUUGUGGUGGAUUAUCUCUGGUAUAGAAGGAAAGUUGAGGGCGCUUUUCAUGAUUCUCUUGGAUUUGACGUGAUUGAUGAAUGGGGGAGGAUGAUUCCUGACCCGGGAAGGUGGCCUUCUUCACAAGAUGGGAAAGGGUUCAGAGAAGUAGCUAAUCGAGUGCAUAGUUUGGGUUUAAAGUUCGGGAUUCAUGUUAUGAGAGGGAUAAGCACACAAGCUGUCAAUGCAAACACGCCUAUCCUAGAUACAACAACGGGAGCUGCUUAUCAAGAAUCUGGUCGAGUGUGGCAUGCAAAAGACAUAGCAAUACCCGAAAGGGUUUGUGCAUGGAUGACUAAUGGUUUCAUGAGUGUAAAUACAACGUUGGGUGCUGGCAAAGCUUUUUUGAGGUCCCUUUACGAGCAGUAUGCUGCAUGGGGUGUUGAUUUUGUGAAACAUGACUGUGUAUUUGGCGAUGACUUGGAUUUAAAUGAAAUAAGCUAUGUAUCAGAGGUUCUCCGGGAGUUUGAUCGCCCCAUUGUCUAUUCUUUGUCUCCUGGAACUAGUGUGACACCAGCCAUGGCCAAGGAUGUCAGUGGACUGGUUAAUUUGUAUCGUAUAACAGCAGAUGACUGGGAUAAGUGGAAUGAUGUUAAAGGUCAUUUUGAUGUAUCGAGGGAUUUAGCAACUGCAAAUAUGAUAGGAGCAAAAAGUUUAAUGGGGAACUCAUGGCCGGAUUUGGACAUGCUACCAUUUGGAUGGCUAACCGAUCCUAGUAAAUGUUAUAGUAUAAAUUCAGGUCCAUAUAGGUAUAGUAACCUCAACCUAGAAGAGAAGAGGACACAGAUGACCCUAUGGGCAAUGGCAAAGUCGCCCCUUAUGUAUGGUGGCGAUGUACGGAAGAUUGAUCCCACAACAUAUGAUCUUAUCACAAAUCCUACCCUUCUUGAGAUUAAUUCUUUUAGCACAAAUAAUAUCGAGUUUCCUUAUAUCACAAGCUUGAAGCAUGAAGAUCAGGAUUCUGGAAAGCUAAUGAGAAGAAGCUACAGAGAAACAAAAACAUCAUAUACACAUUCAUUAGGCCUCACUAGUUGCACUGAUUCAAAAGCAAGUGGUUGGACUAGUGAAAGUCUUGGCCUAUAUCCUGAUAGAAUCUGUUGGAAAAGGAGCUUAGGAAACAAGCAUCUUGACCCCUUAUGCAUGCACAAGAGAGAACUGAACUUUGCAUCAGAUGAAGAGAAUAUGUAUCACGAUUAUCAUCAUUUAGUUGCAGCCAACAGAAUAAAAUUUUGCUUGGAUGUUUCUCCAAAACUAAAGCUUACUUCUAAAGAGUUCAAGAGAGGUACAUUUUCGCCCUGCAGGCGGGAUUCAAAUCAGUUAUGGCAGUUGAAUCUUAAUGGGACUCUGGUAAAUGGCUAUUCUGGCUUAUGCGCAACAGUAGAGUCUGUCAAAGCUACUAUUAAUUCUGCCGGUUUUCGCUCUUGGGUUGCAACAGGAAGAACAGGAGAAGUUUAUGUUGCUUUCUUCAAUCUAAGUGAACAGAAAGCGGUUUUAUCGACGCAAACAUCAGACCUAGCUAAGGUUUUGCAUGGGAGAGACUUAAGUUCUUGUAAAGGCAGUGAAGUAUGGAGUGGAAGUGACAUUGUAAUAACGCAGGGGACGUUAUCAGCAGAAGUGGAAAUGCAUGGGACUGCACUAUUUGUUCUCAAUUGCAACUAGUUUGGUCCUAAAAUAAGAAAGUCACGUGUUGUAACAUUUAAAAUGCACUUAAUCAUCCAAGUCAAUUUGGGUGAAGUUGCACACAAGUAUAUAUUUACAAUGAAAAAAACAAGUAUUACAUAAAUUUUAUCUUAUAACUUUUUUAAAUAACGAA